AUGCCGGCGUGCGCUGGAGAGAGAUACAAACCCAGCGCCUACGUACCCGUGGCAACAGCGGCAUGUCUCCUGGUGGGGUCCUCAACUUUAUUUUUUGUGUUCACGGGUCCAUGGCUGACGGAGAGGGUGGGUCUGGCUGCUCCGGUAUGCGCCGGCGUGGUCUUCUUCUUCGUCCUGGCCAACUUCACCAUGGCCACCUUCAUGGACCCCGGGGUGCUGCCCAGAGCCAAUGAGGAUGAAGACAAGGACGACGACUUCCGGGCGCCGCUGUACAAGACGGUGGAGGUGAGGGGCAUCCAGGUGCGCAUGAAGUGGUGCACGUCCUGCCACUUCUACCGCCCGCCCAGAUGCUCGCACUGCAGCGUCUGUGACCACUGUGUAGAGGAUUUUGACCACCACUGCCCGUGGGUCAACAACUGCAUCGGGAAGAGGAACUACCGCUACUUCUUCCUGUUCCUGCUGACCCUGAGUCUGCACAUGUUGGCCGUGUUCAGCGGAGGCCUCCUCUACGUCAUGGAACACCUGGAGGACCUGUGGGCUCUGGAAGCCUCCGUCAUUGUGGUUGUCAUGAGCAUCUCUGGCCUGUUCUUCCUGCCUGUGUUGGGACUGGCCUGCUUCCACUUGGUGCUGGUGGCUCGGGGGCGCACUACAAAUGAACAGGUCACCGGCAAGUUCCAGGAAGGAGUGAAUCCUUUCACAAGAGGCUGCUGUGGCAAUGUGCAGUCUGUUCUCUGCAGUCCCCUGAGCCCAAGGUAUGUAGUGGGGAGGAGGAACAAUGUGCCCAUCAAACUCCAACCUCCUUUCAAGAGGCCAGAAAGUGAGCGGGAAACACCUGUUAAAAUACGGGAUAAUGGAAUUCAAGCCACCACCACUCCAACUAAGGCUCCGGAGGAAGUGGAUGCCCCAGACAGCAAGAGCGCGAGCACCCCACCUCCCCUGCCACCUAAACCCGACCCCGUCCUCCUGAGGAAUCACUUGGCUGCCUUAGAAGAGAGUCUAUUGCAUGCCAGGUCCUCCUUCCCCACGGCACAGCCCACAGGGACCCUACGGCCCUCCCUCAACCCCCUCUCCAAGCUGGGCCCUCUCUCCUCCAGGGAGGAGGUCCGUCAGACUAUGGAGUCCAUGACCCAGACUGCUGCAGGCCGCGCUCAGGACUUCUCCUCCGACCCCAACCUGGGCUUCCCCUCCAGCGCGCUCCCCUUGAACUCCCUCACCCUCAACUCUCGCUCGCUCAGCCUGAAGCACGCGCACCGCUACCGGGACCGGCUUCCGCCUCACCACCCCUCCUCCUCCUCCGGGACCUCCACCGAUGGCCUGACCAACUCCGGAGUAGUAGGAGGAGGAGGAGGGGGCACCACCCUGGCCUCCCAGUCCCUGCGCCUCUCCCCCAGCGCCUUUACCAACCGGGGCAGCAGCCUCUCCUACGACAGCCUCCUCGGGCCCGGUGGUGGUGGCGGCGGUGGAGGGGAGAACGGGGAGACCCAGACCCAGAGAGGGCUGCCUCUGCUGGGAUACCAGGUGCCCUACCUCCCCCUGGACCCCUCUGGAGGUCUGGGCGCGGGCGUCGUCGGCAUGGGUCUCGGCGGCUUGUCCCGGGGGCCCGAUGGCUCUCUGCAGCGCCACUCGCCGCAUGGCCACAGCCCCGUCUUCAUGAGCAUGAGCCGGCUCUCGCCGCAGCCGCGCGACGGCGGCUCGCCCACGCUCCGCUACGACAGCCUCUCCAAGGCCGUCAUGGCCUCCAUCCAGGAGCGCCGCGAGCUGGAGGACGGGUACACAUCGUCGGCCGUCGACACGGGGGUGUAUGACACCCCGAGCCGGCGCAGCAUGCCCCCUGAGGGGCUGCGAGGGGCUCCGUCGCGAGGCCCGACCCCGCCGGCGUACGGAUCGCGGGAGUUCCUGAUGAGCAGCGCGGCGUACGGCUACGGCAGCCGCGUGGGGCUGUCCUGCUCCUCCACGUCCUCCCUCUCGCGCGCUCCUCGCAUCUCCUGCUCCUCCUCCUCUUCGCUCUCCCGGACGCCUCGCAAUUCCUGCUCCUCCACCUCGUCUCUGUCGCGGGUGCCCGCCGGUACCGGUGGCAGUCGCACCUCCGGGUCUCCGCUGCAGUCUCACCCGCCGUCCCUGGGACCGCCAGCAGGGGGCGGGGUGAUGACGACGCCGGAGAGCUCCAUGGGUCCGUCGGCGUACCAUUCUCUGGAGAGGCAGCUCCAGCAGCAUUCCCCAUCCAGGAGCUCCACCCUGCCCUGCUCCCCGACCUCCUACGCCCCCUCCUCCACCUCCUACGAAAAUAAGUAUGUUUGGCACCCCCUGCAGCUCCUGGCCCACCAAUCACCAAUCAGCAAAUGA